UAAUCAGCAACAGCGCGUCCUGCAUUAUCGACCGUGUAAACUUGCAUGGAGUCGUGCUUGUGAAUAGUUUUUUCUAAACAACAUUUAUUUAUUUCACAAAAAUAUCACAUUGACGUCUUUAGUGCUCCAUUAGGCUUAGAAUUUCCCCACAAUGUCGAAACGACGAAUCGAAGUACUGGAUCCUUUUAUAAAAAAGAAACGCGAAGAACGUGGAAUAAGCACGGCGGUUACUUAUACGACACCACAAGUAACAAAUUCUUCGAUUAAUCCAUACACUGGCUUACCCUACACCAAUAAAUACCACGAAUUAUAUCGUAAACGUAUCACGCUUCCUGUUUUUGAGUAUCGCAACGAUUUCAUGCGGCUGCUUGCCGAAAACCAGUGCAUCGUGCUGGUCGGCGAAACGGGUUCGGGAAAGACCACGCAAAUCCCGCAAUGGUGCGUCGAGUUUUCCAGAUCGGUGGGCAAAAAGGGGGUCUGUUGUACCCAGCCGAGGAGAGUAGCUGCUAUGUCGGUGGCGCAGAGAGUAUCAGAAGAAAUGGACGUCGCCUUGGGGCAGGAAGUGGGUUAUAGUAUUAGAUUUGAGGAUUGUUCCUCAGCUAAGACUAUUCUCAAGUACAUGACCGACGGUAUGUUGCUCCGCGAAGGCAUGAGCGACCCGAUGCUGGACGCUUAUCAGUGCAUUUUGCUCGACGAAGCUCACGAGCGCACGCUCGCCACCGACAUUCUCAUGGGCGUUCUAAAAGAAGUAAUUAAACAACGUUCUGAUUUGAAAUUAGUUAUUAUGUCGGCUACUUUAGACGCGGGAAAGUUCCAACAGUAUUUCGACAACGCUCCGCUAAUGAACGUCCCCGGGCGCACCCAUCCCGUAGAAAUCUUCUACACCCCAGAGCCCGAACGCGAUUAUCUCGAAGCCGCCAUUCGAACCGUCAUCCAGAUCCACAUGUGCGAAGAAAUAGCCGGCGACAUCCUCCUUUUUCUUACUGGACAAGAAGAGAUCGAAGUCGCCUGCAAGAGAAUCAAACGAGAAAUAGAUAAUUUGGGGCCGGAAGUCGGGGAAUUGAAAUGCAUUCCCUUAUAUUCAACACUACCGCCGAAUCUCCAACAGAGGAUUUUCGAAGAGCCGCCCCCAAACAAAGCAAACGGUGCGAUAGGACGCAAAGUUGUAGUUUCUACCAACAUAGCAGAAACGUCUCUAACUAUAGACGGUGUUGUGUUUGUGAUAGACCCGGGUUUCGCGAAGCAAAAGGUGUACAACCCAAGGAUUCGAGUGGAGUCUUUGUUGGUGUCUCCGAUCAGUAAAGCGUCUGCGCAACAGCGCGCCGGAAGAGCCGGAAGAACCAAACCGGGAAAGUGUUUCAGGCUGUACACGGAAAAGGCGUACAAAAACGAGAUGCAGGAUAACACGUACCCGGAAAUUUUGAGAUCGAAUCUGGGAUCUGUUGUGUUGCAGUUGAAGAAAUUGGGGAUUGAUGAUUUAGUUCAUUUUGAUUUUAUGGAUCCUCCGGCGCCAGAGACCUUGAUGAGGGCGUUGGAGUUGUUGAAUUAUUUAGCCGCCUUGGAUGACGACGGGAAUCUAACGGACUUGGGAGCGGUCAUGGCCGAGUUUCCGCUCGAUCCGCAGCUCGCGAAAAUGCUCAUCGCCAGCUGCAACCACAAUUGUUCGAAUGAAAUUUUGUCCAUAACGGCGAUGUUGUCAGUCCCACAGUGCUUCAUCAGACCGAAUGAGGCGAAGAAGGCCGCCGACGAUGCCAAGAUGAGGUUCGCUCAUAUUGACGGGGACCAUUUGACGCUGCUCAAUGUAUACCACGCUUUUAAACAAAGCAUGGAAGAUCCUCAAUGGUGCUAUGAUAACUUUGUCAAUUACCGUUCACUGAAAUCCGCUGAUAACGUCAGACAACAGUUGUCAAGAAUUAUGGACCGGUUUAAUUUGAAGAGAACUUCGACGGAUUUCACAAGCAAGGAUUACUAUAUUAAUAUUAGGAAGGCGUUAGUUAACGGAUUUUUCAUGCAGGUGGCUCACUUGGAAAGAACCGGCCACUAUCUCACCAUUAAAGAUAACCAAAAUGUUCAACUUCACCCGUCCACAUGUUUGGAUCACAAACCAGAGUGGGUUAUUUACAAUGAGUUUGUGUUGACUACAAAGAACUACAUUAGAACCGUCACGGAUAUUAAACCUGACUGGCUUUUAAAAAUAGCACCACAGUAUUAUGAUUUGCAAAAUUUCCCACAAUGUGAAGCCAAACGUCAACUUGAAAUAAUUCAGAAUCGAAUGGAUUCUAAACAAUACCAACACGGAUUUUAAAUUAUUUUUAUUAUUAUUGUUUUAUAUGUAAAUUAGCAAAUACUUAUGUUAAUAAUGUUUUGUGUGUAUUUGCAUUCAUUAUUAUUAGACUUCAUUCCACAAAAAUAAACGGAUCUGUUCAACGGUG